CAACCAUGUUAAUGCAGUGUCAGGUUGUCUGGUUUUGUUCCAAAUGUUUUUUCGGUGGCUUCGUUGUGAUCACCGAGCGCUAGCGUACUCUAGCUUAAUGUAAUCAAAUGGCGGAGAGGUUCUCUCGGUUUCACGAGGUUCGAGACUAUCAGGGUAAAGGAGUUGACGUCUAUGAUGACAACCUCAUCGAGCUCGAGCAGUCUUCUCUUGCUGAGCCAAUUACACAGGACAAUCUUGGCUACCAGCUGCUCUUGCGACAUGGAUGGAAAUCCGGACAGGGCCUGGGAAAAAAUGAGCAAGGACGCACCGAUCCCUUGCCUAUCAUCAUCAAGGAAGACAUCAUGGGAUUUGGACGAAUGGAGAUGGAAAUGGACUACGCAGAGGAGACAACGGAAAAAAGGAGAACACUGGAGAUUGAGAAGGAAGAGACAGAGGAGCUCAAGCUUAAGUACAAGGCCGUCCAAGAGAAAGAAAAGGUAGUCCAGGAGGCCCUGGCAAGUCUGAAGGCCAAUUUUUACUGUGAUCUCUGUGACAAACAGUACACAAAACACCAGGAGUUUGACAACCACAUCAACUCUUACGACCAUGCGCACAAGCAGAGACUGAAGGAGCUGAAGCAGCGCGAGUUUGGCCGCAACGUUUUGUCAAAAGUGAAACGGGAGGACAAGGGCCGCGAGAAGGAGCAGCGGCGCCUCCAGCACUUGGCAGAGCUGAGGGCACAUGUGGCAGUGAUGCGAGGCCCCAUGGAAAUGGGAACUGGAGAAAAGUUUCGAGGACGCUUUCAGCAGGUGGACUCUGUGGAAGAGACAAAGCCACAAGCGUCCCCUACAAGGCAACAAGCAUCACAGUCUCCUACUCUCUAUGACAGCGAUGAAUUCCAGCAGGAUGCUGAUGAAUUCCAGAAGGAUGACAAUGAGUGCCAGCAAGAUUCCAAUGAAAGACAACAGGAGGAUGCAAAUGGAUUCCAGCAAGAUGCUGAAGAACGUCGGCAAAGCAUUGAAUGCCAGCAGGAUGCUGAUGAAAGCCAGCAGGAUGCCGAUAAAAGCCAGCAGGAUGCCGAUGAAAGCCAGCAGGAUGCCGAUGAAAGCCAGGAAUGCCAGAUGAAAGCCAGCAGGAUGCCGAUGAAAAGCCAGCAGGAUGCCGAUGAAAGCCAGCCGGAUGCCGAUGAAAGCCAGCCGGCCACCACUAACACCAGUUUGAGUGACAAUGAGGAAAUCGAUGCAGGAAAAGAGCAGGAUCUCGAAAGGCAGCCUGAAAGCCCACCAGCAAGUGCACCAGAAGAAGGAGAGGAAGAAGUGAGCAUCCCACAAACAACCUUCUUUGAUGAUUGUGACAUGUUCGAACUGCCACCACUGCCUAGUGAGAUUCCUCUUCCCAGUGACAUUCCACCUCCCCCGCUCCCACCUCCAUCCUUAGGCCUUACCAUCUUGGACCCUGGUCAAGAGAAAUACUCUCCGGAAGAGCCCACACCUGCUCUUCCAGAGCCUGCUUUGCCGGAGCUGCCGCAACCUGUCGUGCCUGAUCUUCCAGAGCCUUCAUUGCCUGAGCAGCCACAGCCCUUGGUGUCUGAGCAACCUCCGCCUUCCACAUCAUCCGUAGAGGUGCCACUGCCAGCAAUAGAAGAGCUGCCUCGCAUCGAGGAGUCCAAGUCCAAGUUGCUCAUCGGCAAAGCAUUGGCUAAAAAGCGACUCAUUGCAUUUUCUUUGACUUCAAACCAGCCCCUGCAGAAAGCCUUGGAAGUCAAGAGGGCAACUACAACAGUUACUACUACUGCAGCAAAGCCGGUAAAGGGCGCCUUGUCAUUCAGCUUUGCCCGUAAGAAUAUCGGAAAAGUAGCUCCCAUCUCAAGUGCGCUGUUCAAGGAAGAUGACGACCAGCCUGAUGAGGAAAGCUCGGAUGCUACUGCUGCAGAUCCAACCAGUAACGAGGCACAGCCGGCUGCUACCGAGAAUAAAAGCACAGAAGAAGUUGAGAAAAACGAAAAGCCAGUCACCGAGCCUGAGCAGCAAGAAGACGGUAACUUUUACUUUGUGACCCCUCCCAAGAGGUGUAAGGUGAAGCCAAAGUUCGAAUUUGUGAAGUUUCUUAAGAGCGAUAAGUUUGAGCUCAAACUUCCUGAUGAUGCUGUUGAAGGAGUUCCGGAGAAAAAAUUAAAGAUUGAGUCUCAGGAUGAAAGCAAGAAACCGGAUUCCGAAGAAAGUCGCGGGGAUGCUAAGAAAAAACAGCAACCUUCUAAAGGUGGUGACAAGAGUGAAGGAUCUACAAAAAGCAAGACAGGUUCUCAUGAUGUCUCCUCUCGAAAUGGCAACAAGAAAAAAGAGAGUGCCAAAACAGAAAAAAAGGACCGUGGCAGAAGUCCGCACAGCAGUAAGCACUCUAAGGACGAAAGAAGUCGUUCCCGUGAACGUAAAAAAAGUCGUUCCAAAGACAGAAAGCGAAGUCACUCCAGGGAGCGAAAGAGAAGCAAAUCCAGGGAUCGAAAAAGAGGGCGAUCCCGUGAGCGGCGUCGCAGCCGUUCUCCGCGAGAUAAAAAGAGGAGCAAGUCAAAGGAUGGAAAGCGAAGUCACUCUAGAGACAAGAAGACAUCUCAUGCUAAGGACACAAGAAGGAGCAGGUCAAGGGAGCGACGGAGGAGCAAGUCCAAGGACAGGGGCAAAGACAAAGCCGACCACAAGAGUGCAAAGGAAACCAAACGCAGGUCACCUAGCCGGGAGCGGAGAAGUCGCUCAAAGGGUCGUGCUAGGAGCAAUGCUGACAGUCAGAAGAAAAAAGAAAAGUCAGCAGAUGACAAGAAAAGCAAAGAAAAGCAUACCACUACAAAGGACCACAAGAAGAAGGAUGUAGCACGUAUAGAAACGGCGAAUGCAGAGCCACAGGCUUCAAGUCCGGAUGCACCACAGGAUGAUAGCACUACACAAGCAGUGAACGGGGACGAAUCUACUGGUGAUCAACAGGAUGAAGAAGAAGAGAGGCCGGCUAAAGGGCCAUCACAUUCACCAGAAUCUUUUUCCAAGCAAGACCAAAAACAAACCCCUGAUUUGAGCACUUUGCAAACUCCAUGCCCCAAAGAACUUGAUGAGGCGGGUGUGUGCUUGGAGAAAAAUGAGCCAGUUUUGAACCUGAUGUGCGAGGACAGCCCACUUGACAUUAUCGGAGAAGCAGACAGUUAUGACAGCGCAGACGUGGUCCAGCAUUCACCAUGUAAGGCACCAAAAGUGUUAUCCAAUGAUAAAGUCUCGCUUUAUGAUGAUAAAGUCGAGACACGCAUAGACUGUGUCGCCAAGCAGCAAGUUUCUAUAGCUACCUGCACUGUUAAGGUGGAUGAAAGUGAUCGUCGCAGCAAGCUCCGAAAGUCUGAUUCUAAGCCUGAUUCCCUUCCACAGAUCUGCACUGACAAAUCAUUGCGUGAAGAAACAAAGAAAGCUUGUACAGAAACCACAGCAGUUAAUCAGAAACAGCUUAAAAGCCAUACUGGAAAGAUCAAGAAAGCUAGUGACAGCUCUGAAAGCUGCGAUGAUUCCAUCAAGGCACAGCAAAAGUUCUUAGAAGAAAUAGAAGCUACAAAGAAGAGCGCUUUUGCGACUGUACAGAGACAAAACUCUGAAAGCAAAGCAGAAGCUUCAGAAAAUAACAAAAAGACUAACAAGGCUAGCAAGCUGAAGAAGCCAAAACCUGAAAGCGCAGAGCUAUCGACAACGGAGCUCCUAGCCCUUCCAAAGGAAAAACCUGCCAAAGUAGCUAAAGAAAAGCGAAAAAUUUCAAAAGAUAAGUCACUAGAAAAGAAAAAAAAGAAAGCAAAGGGGAAGCCUAAAGCGUCUUGUUCAAGCUCAACGUCGUCAUCGUCCUCCUCAUCAUCGUCUUCAAGUUCAUCACGUAGCAGCAGUUCGAGCACCAGUGGGAGCUCGAGCAGUUCCAGUAGCGACUCAGACUCUGAGAGUUCAAGCAGCUCGUCUUCCUCCAGCUCUAGUUCAAGUAGCUCAAGCAGCUCAUCAUCUUCAUCCUCUUCUUCUUCUUCGGAGUGUCCUCAGAAACUGAAGAAAAAGAGGAAGAAACUGAAGCUGAAGUCAAAGAUGCUUAAGGAAAAAAUGGCAGCAAUGGCUAGAAUGGCAAACAAGGCGGAGACUGCCAAAACUGUUCUAGCAUGUGCCACCAUGCUCACUCAAGCUACUUCUGCUGCGAACAAGCAAACACCAAUAGACAAGCAAACAAAGCAGACGACGAAGCAUGUGGGUAGUGCAUUACAUGCCGGAAGUGUGUCACAGGCUGCAUGCACAGUUGAUGACUCGAAACCACCACAGAAGCUUGUGCAGGAGGUUAUUGCUUCGAGAGGUUCCACCGAGCAAAUUACCGUAAAGGAGACAUCAAAGCACAAGAGAAAUUCAACUUCGCAAGCUAGUGUUAAUCUCGAUCCAGUUGAACCUAAAGACUGUGCACAAAUGAGCAAGAAAGGCGCGGAUAAGCUGCACAGUGCUAAAGUUUCGGACGGAACGUCCUCAAAGAAUGUCACUGGUGUGACACGUGAUCCCAAAAUUCUGCAUUCGAAAAUGGAGACAACUUUGGAUGUGGAUAAGGCAUGCGUUGACAUUGUGGAUUCUAAUUUGAGAAUUGAGAAGACUACUUGCAACGUUGAUAAGGCACAUGUGGUUGAUGUUGUGGAUGCUCCGUUGAAGAUUGAGAAGAUGGCUUUUGAAGCAGGUAAGGCAUGUGCCGAUGUUGCAGAUGUUGCCGUCAAGACUUUGAAGCGCUCCAACAGUGCUCGUGAGAAUAGAGUAGAUGAUAAUGAAGCCAAGAAGCUUGAUUUUACUGCUGCUAAAGUAAAUAAAACUAGCCCAAUGGGUAAGGGAGCUUCUGAAUCUUCACCAUCAAAGUCUAAAGCAACUACAUGGCCCAGAAGUCAAGGGAAGCUUCAGAAGCCAAUAAAAGAAGCCGUCGAGGUGCCUUCAAGUGCGAGCUCCUACAGUGCUCAUACUGAGAAACAUGUCGACACUGGGCGUCGAGGAAGCACCGAGCGCAGUGAAGAAAAAAAAAAAGACAAGAAGGACCACCCCCCAGGCAGUCGACGGCCUGCCGUUGAUGAUAAAGCAACCGACAAACCUGACAGCAGAAUUAGGAAAGAGAAAAAACGGAAGAGCGAGCCAUCUCCAAGGAAUGAGCCCGCAAGUAAGAAAAGGGCUUCCGAGGAGGACUCGCCAAGAUCAAAAAAGUCUGCUAGUAAAGGAAGCAGCCACCGAUUGCCAAAGACUGACUCCGCUACUGCAGAGCAUAAGCAACCUCUUUCAAAGCAGGAAAAAACCAAAAGUGAAAAGCCAAAAAAGGAAAGUAGAGAAGCAGCAAAAAAAACUAAGGAAGAAAUCAUUUUGGACCCAAAAGAAAGGGAAAGACUCAAAAGUGAAGCUUUGGAAAAAGCUCGAAAAGAAGGCAGCGACUGCAUCAAAGUGAAAACACCUGAUCGAAAGAAGGAAAUCAGUUGGCCUAUGAGUCUUAUUAGAUAUACUAACAGCAAGCCAUUUAUUUCAUAUGGUUGCAACCCUAUUUAUGGCAAAAUCGGUAUAGCAGUUGCAAAGGAGAAAGGGCCUGCGAAGAGUAAUUCGGAGGUGAAAGAAGAAAAGAAAGAAAUUCAAGAAGCGCUGAAAGAACCUGCAAAAAAGGACAGUCGUAGCAGAGAGCACAAACCUAAAGAUGAAGUACCGUUAGUUGCACCUGUUGAAAACAAAGUGUUGUCUCCCCCUAAGGAAGUACUAGUAAAAGAAUCGGAAGUCACUGACGUUGUAUCUCCUGACCUUAAUGCAAUGUCGGGACUUCAAGCUUUGCAGUGCCUGUAUGAUAACAUGGAUAGUCCAGAGACUGCAGUGAAGGAGCUGGACUCUGAAACCGAAGUAAGCCACCGCGAGGCUGAUCAGAAGGCUGCGCCAGAAGAGACACCAUCAAGCGAUCAGUGUGAAAGUGUCGAAUCGGACACAACUGGACAACAUUGCAGUGUCGUUGAAAGCACACCACCCAGCCCAGAAGUUCUUGAUGCAAAACAGCCCUCAAAAUGUACUCCACCAAGAAGUCCCCCCAGAGCAAGAAUUCCCUUCAUAGCAGAAGAAACAGAAUUAUUACUCAAUAAAAUAGAAAUGACUGCUGAAUCUGAAGUGUCCGUAGAAAUUGUAGAGCGAAAAAGUGCUCAGGAGCACCAGUUGGAUGUCAUUUCACCGACCAUCACUGAGCGUGCUCAGGAAGAAGUUGGGCUCCCAGAGACCGAGAAGAAAGGUGACAUGCCCUCGCCUGAUGCUAUGGAUGUAGCUGAUGAUGUGGUUGACCUGCUUUCAAACAGCGAUAUUUCUUUGGAAGAAAUGAGGUUAUUGGAGUACAGUUCACACAUCACAGUUGAAAGCCCAGCAAUCAUCGAAACUGCUUCCGCAGAGACAGUGGAAAGCGUAGCUGAGGAUAGUGAACUACAAGAGAAAAUAGCUAUUAAAGUGGAUUCAACAACAGAAGAGGUAGCAGUUCCUCUAGCCCAAGCACACCUUCUCCCCAAUGAACGUGUGUGCCCCGAAAUCAGUCAGGUGGCACCACUUUGUGCUGACAAGGACCUCACUUCUGAAUAUGAAAAGUUUAUGGAACAGCUUAACCUUGGAAGCUGCAUCGAAGUAGACGUAGUACAGGAAGUUGAAGUGCCCAGUGAAGAUGGUGUAGAAGCUGAGCUAGCUUCAGAUGCCGUUAGUUUAGCACCAGCCGAAAGGCAAGAUGAACUGGAUUCUGUGUUGACCUACCCGAUGCCAACACCACUGGUAGCUUCAGUGCGAGACGAAGCACCUGAGGUGCCUAUAGAAGACAUUUGUGCCCUUGAGGUGGCCUGUGAGAGUGAAGUCACCAGCUCUCCAUUUUUGCCAUUUGUACCACGACCUCCAGCCCCUGUACCUGCACCUACCCCAGCCAUUGCGUCAGCCCUUGGUGCAGUCACUUCUUACCUUUCCCCCAUUAGUCCUGCUGUUUCGGACAGCCUAGCAUCUUGUGUUCUCGCUCCCAUUGGGUCCACGAUUUCUACAGGAAUUCCCAUUGUUUCGACAUUGCCAGCUACUGCCCCAUGUUCUGAACCUGUAGCACCCGUUGCUGUUGAAGCUCCACCUCCUGUCCCUGCUCCAGCAGUUUCAGCUGCCACGCUAGCCGCGGUGCCCGUAAUUUCAUCUCUUCAGUCCACUGUGCCAUGUGCAAUUGGCAGCCCCGAGCUUGUGCCGUGUCUCCUUGCAGCCACAAGUGCAGGUGUGCCUGUUUCAGGCUCGUCCGCCUCCUCAGAUUCUUCUAAAAGCAUUGCGCAUACAAUUAGCUCCGGUGAUGUUUCUCUUUCACCAAGUCAACCUUCUUCAUCCAAGAGGUCGCACAGAAAAAGACACAGUGACAGUGUCAGAGCAGGUACUGUUGCCGAGGGUGUUUCACCAUCUCCUCCUAAAAAGAAAGAUUCAAAACAUAGCUCACAUAAGUCUGCGUCUCAAAAGCUAGAUCUCUCUGUUCAGCAAGAAGUUUCCAGUAGCAAAAGUGCGCCACGUCCCAUCAUAAUCAAAGUGCAAGCAAAUUCUGAACCAAGAAUGGAGUCGGCUGCGCCUCUGAUCUCACAAGCAGAGAGUGUAGAUGGCUUAGAAUGUCUGCCUGUUGAACAGUCAGCACCAGACGUUUGCGCUGAAGUAGAAGUUGGAAGUGACAUCUGCACAGAGGAGCAAGUGGAGUUUCCAUCCUCAGAUGACAUGUUUGUAACAGUUAUGGACACUGAAGACAUAAGUCUCGCUGCUGUCGAGGAAGUGGCAUGCUCAUCAUCGGAUGACCUCAACAACAGCUUGGCAGUGCCUGCAGAACAAGUCGAAGAGAAGGAAAGCUCCCCUCCACCACCUCCUCCGCCGCCUCGAUACUUGAGGCUUAAGCCACGCAAAGGGUCAUCGUCGUCGUCAUCUGUGAGUUCAUCCAGCGCCGUAGAAGAAGUUCCACCGCCGCCGCCACCACCACCUCCGCGACCACCUGUCCGUUGCUUGGUGCUUCCUCCCCCACCUGCUGGUAUUCUCUUGCCAGCCGGCAGGGGCACCCUCUCAAAUGAGCCGAAGAAGUCUGUCACUUUUGCUGAUGGCAUCCCGCCUGGCAAAGAACCCCCAUCAAGUGGAGGCGUCCCUUCACCACCACCGCCUCCACCACCACCACCUCGUGAACGGAAGCACCGCACAAAGGUCAAAGUUAUCAUACCGUCAUCCAUAGCAGACUCCCUGCCGCCACCCCCUCCUCCCCCUAAACGGCCACCUCCUCCAACGGCUGCAACGUUACCUGUGUCGGCUGCUGCUGUGGUUACGACCGCAGCUCCCGCUCCUCCUCCUGUUGCUGUGGAAACUGUGGCUGCUGCCUACCCGCAGUACCAGGUGCACUUGCCCCAGCAGGCCUACCCAACUGCUGGAUACACUGUCCCAUAUAACACCUAUCCAGCGGCAGGCUACGCCUACACAGCCACAACACAUCUAGGGCAGACAGUAGCUUACACCUACGCACCUGGGCAGGCGACUCACCAAGCUAUUCCUGUACAGCAGGUGCAGCAAGUGCCCCCUCAGCAACACCUCUAUGCCAAUGCUACGGCUGCUUCUUACGUGUACCACCCACACCAGAUUGUACCAGCAGGUCCAGCUGUGAUGCAGCAGCAACAGCAGCUGCAGCAACACCCACCACCUCCACCGCCCCCACCUGUGGGACAGCUACCUCCUAGGCCACCCACGUAGCACUUAGUGAUAUCGUGCACUGCAGUGAUUACUUUGUAAGAUCUUUUGUGUUGUGGUUUCAUGUGGCACAAGAGAGGACCUUUAGAGGAGCUCAGGCUCCAUCGUGGGCUCAAGUCAUGGGUGCUUGCCAUUUUCCCAACCGUGUGUAACUCCAUAAAAAUUACUGAGGCAAGAGCUCAAAGCAUGAUUGUUACAUCGUCUUCACAGUGAUUGUUUCGGCCGAGGCCGCUGUGCCAGCUUUGAUUUAGAACAAGGUGCAUGUCACUUAGCUUCUGUUUACAAUGUACACCUUGAACAUAAUGCAUUGAACAUCGUUAUAAAUUGUGUAAAUAUACAUUUUUGUUAUUCGUAGAAUAAACGAAAUAUUCUUGUGGAAAAUUUCACUACAGGUAUUUCCUUUUGAUAAAAAUUUGGUGUAGUGUGAAAGCGUGUGUUCUAAAUAGAAGAAAAAACAGUUUUAAACGCUAGUUGCAACAGUGUUAAUGUAUGUGCCACAUGCAAACAGUAUGGUGUAGUACUGCCAGCGGUACCAUGAGCAAAUAGGGGGUUGGGGAUUAUUCUUGCCCUUUAGCAAUUUUCUUUCUGCAUGCGGCACUUUAUCAGAAUAAUGCCUGGAAACUAUGCCUAGCCAUAGAAUGAAGUAGCUGCUAAUCUGCGAGACCAGUGUCUAUAAAUAUGCAUGUCAAUUGCUUAGGAUUAUGCGCUGUUGUAACCAGCUAAUUAAAAAUGUCAAGUACCUACUAGGUGACCCUGGAACACUUGAAUUGCAAGCAAUAUUUAUGCUGCAAACACCUUUUUUUAUUCAGUAAUUGGAAACAACUUCAUUCAUUAGUAAUGCAACUCCAUUCAUUAGAUUGCAUUACUUGUGUCCAUGUGCUUUGAGUUGUCAAUGAAUUUGCCUUCACGCUGGUUAGCCCAAUUGGUAGGGCAACCGCCCCGAAAGGCUUUGGUCCCGGGUUUAAUCUCUUGACCAGGAUGAAUUUUUCUUCGGCUACAAGAAGCUCUUCCUUCUGAGAAAUCUCUGCAGGUUUCCUUGUGAGUUUGUGCCACAAACUGGUGGUUCUCUAUUUUUUUUUCCUUUCUUAAACCUUCCACCACCUUGUGGAUCUCUGCAGAACUCUUGUCUCCUUGUGCUUCGAGUUGUCGAUGAAUUGGCCCUCGCGCUGGCAAUUGCUAGCUUCCUGGUUAGCUCAAUUGGUAGAGCGGCCACCCUGGAAAGGCAUUGCUUUUGGGUUGGAUCCCCGAACCAGGACAAAUUUUUCAGCAACAAAAAGCUUCUCUUUUUGAGAAAUCUGUACGGAUAUUUUUCUGGCUUUGUGCCAUAAACAGGUGGUUGUCUAUUUUUCCUUUCUUAACUUCAUAAAUUGUAUUGUUAGCUUUGGCUAUGUUGAUCUCCAAUUUGAGAUCAUGAGGGAGGACUUGUAAAUGUUGGUUACACGCAAAUUUUGAGCGGAGAUGCUACUUGAAAAAAAAAAAAAAGUUUCUUGGAUCUGUCACCUAGUGCAAUGAAAUGUUAGCUCUUCUAUAUGCUUUUUAUGCUGAUUUCAAAAAUUUAUUCACUUUUAUAUUUUGAAUAGUUUUUGUUUUGUACCUUGACAACUGUAAAGUGUAACUUUUCUUGGAAACACUUUCUCUGGGACUAAACUUUUAUGGUUAAGAGCCAUUAAUGGCUUAUGUUGCUUUACAUUAACUGUAAGAUGCAAGUAACUAACAAGAAAAUGUGUAUAAGAUAACUAAAUGAACGAGAAAAAGUAAUGUUAGUAGUCUUGAAUUUUUUAGCCCAUUCUAAUUGCUUACUUCAAGUUCAUAACAAGUAUAUUAGGGAUAUUUGGUUUUAAUGGAGAUAAUUGAGCCCUUCACAUGUUAAGAAAUACUGUGUGAGGAAUGCUUCAUCCCAAUCUGGUCAUCACAAGUAUGAAGAACAUGCUGUCCAAACUCGAGAAGUUACCCGAAAUUGCAUCUUGAGAAAAACACAUAUUAAAUAUAGAAAUUAAAGCUCAUCUAUGUGGCAAAAA